AUGGCGGAAAGUAAUGUUGUUAACCGUUUUCUCGAUGCUGGCCAAGAGCCUACUAAAACAUUAACACCUAUCGAAGGAUAUGAAAAAAAAUCUUUAGUAUCAUUAGAAGAAGCUGUUACCCAAAUAGAACCACCUAUCUAUAAUCUGAAAACAAUGGUAUGGUCAGCAAAAAGAAAUUCGCGUAAUCCAUCGGACAAUCUUACGCCUGAUGAAUCGGCUUCCAUUCAUUUAUAUACAAUGGAAUGGCCCGAGACUCAUCAGAGUAUUUACUUUUUGUUAAAUCAAAAGUUGCGUUCUGAAAAGCGAAAUGAACUCAAACCAUGGUUUUCUUAUUUGAAACUCUUUCUCACGUCAUUACACAAAUUGCCGUCAUUGAAAAAAACAAUUUGGCGUGGUAUUCGUGGCAAUGUAAAUGAUCAGUACGAGAAAGAUUUUAUAUGGUGGGGUAUAAGUUCAUGUACAGAAACAAUGAAAGUCAUGGAAAAAUUUGUUGGUCGCUCAGGUGUUCGUACUUUAUUUAUGAUUGAAUGUAUUAAUGGAAAAGCCAUUAAAUCACAUUCAUUUUACAAAGAUGAAAAUGAAAUUAUACUUAUGCCCGGUACUUAUUUACGUGUCAUUGACAAAUGGAGUCCCGCAGACGAUUUAUACAUCAUUCAUUUACAAGAAGAAACACCACUUUAUCAACUCGUAGCAUCACCUUUUAAUUCAUCAUCAUCAUCCAGUACUGCACCUCCUUUAAAUGAACUUACAAUUUCCAAAACCAAUCUGCCAAGUAGUCAGUCUGCAUCAUCGUAUGGUGAUAGCAUAGGAGAACUUUAA